AUGUCCGCGAAGGACAGGGACCUGGAAACCUCGGAUGACUUGGCGCGAGCGCAGAAAAUCCUACGCGAACUCAAGUCGAAGAUUUCAUCCCAGUCCAAGAAGAAUUUCGUGCUGGAGAAGGACGUGCGAUAUCUGGACUCGCGAAUUGCCCUCUUGAUUCAAAACCGCAUGGCACUAGAAGAGCAAAACGAGGUCGCCAGCCAUCUCGACGAUACCGCCGACCCGCAGGAAGGUUUUUUCCCGAACGACGAGAAAACCCAGAAAUACGGCAAUCUCUUGUUUUUGUUGCAGUCGGAGCCUCGUCAUAUUGCUCAUCUCUGUCGAUUGGUCUCCAUGGCCGAGAUCGACUCUUUGCUGCAGACCGUCAUGUUCACCAUUUACGGAAACCAGUACGAGAGCCGUGAAGAGCACUUGCUACUCACCAUGUUUCAGUCCGUGCUUACCUACCAAUUCGACAACACGCCUGAGUACUCCUCUCUCCUGCGCCAGAAUACACCAGUGUCUCGCAUGAUGACCACCUACACGCGCCGCGGUCCCGGUCAGAGCUAUCUGAAGCAGGUUCUCGCAGAUCGCAUCAACUCGUUGAUUGAAUUGCGCGACGUCGAUUUGGAAAUUAACCCAUUGAAGGUGUAUGAGAGUAUGGUGAAGCAGAUCGAGGAAGAGACUGGCUCUCUUCCGGACUACUUGGCUCGCUCAGUGACCGCAGAGGAUGCCGAGGCCAACGAGCAGGUCCAGGCAAUCAUUGCCCCGCGCUUGAAGAUGUUGACCGACAUUGCCAACGGGUUCUUGACCACUAUCAUUGAAUCCGUGGACGAGACCCCGUACGGUAUCCGAUGGAUUUGCAAACAGAUUCGCAGCUUGUCUCGUCGCAAGUAUCCCGAUGCCCAAGACCAGACCAUCUGUACUCUGAUCGGCGGUUUCUUCUUCCUGCGCUUCAUCAAUCCCGCCAUUGUCACUCCGCGCUCCUACAUGCUGAUCGAUGCCACCCCAACCGACAAGCCCCGCCGUACCUUGACAUUGAUCGCAAAGAUGAUACAGAACCUGGCCAACAAGCCUUCGUACGCCAAGGAGCCCUACAUGGCCCGACUGCAGCCUUUCAUUGAGGCCAACAAGGAGCGCGUGAACAAGUUUCUCCUUGACUUGUGCGAAGUUCAGGACUUCUACGAGAGUCUCGAGAUGGAUAACUACGUCGCUCUGUCCAAGCGCGACCUCGAACUACAAAUCACGCUCAACGAGAUGUAUGCCACGCACGCACUCCUCGAGAAACACAGCGCAGCUCUUGCCCAGGACCAGCACUCUCACCUCUCAUUGCUCCUUGGAGAGCUGGGCGCGGCGCCGCCCCAGGUCCCUCGCAAGGAGAACCGAACCAUCAAUGUGCCUCUGUUCAGUCGAUGGGAGACCGCGCUGGAUGAUUUGACCGCUGCCCUGGACAUUACUCAGGAAGAGGUCUUCUUCAUGGAGGCCAAAUCGACGUUCGUCCAGAUCCUUCGAUCCUUGCCUCAGAACUCCUCGGUCGCUCGUCGCCCCCUUCGACUGGACCGCAUCGCCGAAGCGGCUGCUACGCUCAAGAACGAUGCGGUGAUGGUUCGCAAGGGUAUCCGCACCAUGGAGCUGCUCAGCCAGUUGCAAGACAUGGGCGUUAUUGAUCGCUCGGACGAGUUCAGCAUGCUGCGUGACGAAGUAGAGCAGGAGUUGGUCCACCUGGGUUCUCUGAAAGAGAAUGUUUUGGAGGAAACACGUAAGCUGGAGGAGGUGUUUGGCACUAUUCGCGACCACAAUGCCUACCUGGUGGGCCAGCUAGAGACCUACAAGUCCUAUCUCCACAACGUCCGCAGUCAGUCCGAGGGCAAGCAGCGGAAGACCCAGAAGCACCAAGAACUUGGUCCCAACGUGCCGGAAAAUCGGAGGGCGAACAUCUACUUCAUGUUCAAGAGCCCUCUCCCUGGUACAUUUGUCAUCAGCCUGCACUACAAGGGCCGAGCCCGUGGACUGUUGGAGCUUGAUCUUAAACUCGACGAUCUUCUGGAGAUGCAGAAGGACAACCUUGAAGACCUUGACCUGGAAUACGUCCAAUUCAAUGUCACCAAAGUAUUGACCCUUCUGAACAAACGAUUUGCACGAAAGAAGGGAUGGUAA